UCCCCGGCGGCGGCAGCCCGCGCCCGCCCGAGCCGCGCUCCGCCCAGGAGCAGUGGGGAGCAGGAUGGUGCCGGACGCCGUGGCCCUGCUGGUGGUGGUGGUGAUGAUGGUCGGCCUUCGCUCGGCGGCGGGAGGAGGUGCGGCAGGCUACGCCCAAGUGAAGUACAUGCAGCCCAUGGUGAAGGGACCCCUGGGACCCCCCUUCCGCGAAGGCAAAGGGCAGUACCUGGACAUGCCGCCGCUGCUGCCGAUGGACCUCAAAGGGGAGCCAGGACCGCCAGGGAAGCCCGGCCCGCGCGGACCCCCCGGACCCCCCGGCUACCCAGGAAAGCCGGGCACGGGGAAGCCGGGAAUGCACGGCCAGCCUGGGCCCGCUGGGCCCCCCGGCUUCUCGGGCAUUGGGAAACCCGGCAUCCCAGGACUCCCCGGAAAGGCGGGUAUGAAAGGGAUGCCCGGAGCCAAGGGCGAGCCCGGCAUGCGAGGGGAGCAAGGGCCGAGAGGACUGCCCGGCCCCCCAGGGCUGCCGGGGCCAGCUGGCAUCUCGGUCAACGGGAAGCCGGGCCCCCAGGGCGGCCCCGGCUUGCCCGGUUUUCGGGGCGAGCCUGGCCCAAAAGGAGAGCCGGGUCCCCGCGGAGAGCGAGGGAUGAAGGGUGAAAACGGCGUGGGGAAGCCAGGGUUACCGGGGCCCCGGGGGAACGGGGGUCCUCCCGGCCCCGCGGGGCCCCCAGGGCCCGUCGGCGUUGGAAAACCCGGCCUCGACGGCCUGCCGGGUGCGCCGGGGGAGAAGGGCGACAUGGGCCCUCCUGGCGGGCCUGGCGUCAACGGGGAGCCCGGCCCCGUGGGGCCCCGGGGCCCCCCCGGCAUCGACGGGAUCGGUGUCCCAGGCGCCGCGGGGGUCCCGGGGAUACAGGGCCCCAUGGGACCGAAGGGGGAACCCGGGAUCCGCGGCCUCCCCGGUUUGCCGGGCCCGACGGGCUACGGGAAGCCGGGCUUGCCCGGCCUAAAAGGAGACCGCGGGCAGCCCGGGGUGCCGGGAGCCAUCGGCGAUAAGGGGGAACCCGGCGUUGACGGGGAGCCGGGGGAGCCGGGCCCUGCCGGCAUCAUCGGGCCGCCGGGCCCGCCGGGGUCCAUGGGGCUGCCGGGCAAGCACGGGCUGCCCGGCUCCAAAGGGGACGUGGGGCCAAGCGGGCCCCCGGGAAUGCCGGGGAUGCGUGGCGACCAGGGACCGAACGGCUUCGCAGGGAAGCCCGGGGUGCCGGGAGAAAGGGGCCUGCCCGGGUCACUGGGACCCCCCGGCCCAACGGGCCCCAAAGGAGAACCAGGGUUCAUCGGCCUCCCGGGGGUGCCAGGAUUAACGGGCGGCCCCGGCCCGAAAGGCGACGGCGGGAUCCCGGGGCAGCCGGGGCUGAGGGGCCCCUCCGGCAUCCCGGGCUUGCAAGGACCCGCGGGUCCCAUGGGGCCGCAGGGGUUACCGGGGCUGAAAGGGGAGCCCGGGCUCCCCGGGGUUCCCGGUGAGGGGAAGACCGGCGAGCCCGGCAUGGCCGGACCCAUCGGCCCCCCGGGAAUGCCGGGAACGCCAGGGCUGAACGGGCCGCCCGGCCCGCCGGGGCCGCCGGGGCCGCCGGGAGCGCCUGGGGUGUUCGACGAGACGGGCAUCGCGGGGCUGCACCUGCCGGACGGAGGCGUGGAGGGGGCCGUGCUGGGGAACGGCAAGCCGGGGAAGCCGCAGUACGGCCGAGGAGAGCUCUCCGCCCGGAUCGCACCAGCCUUCACCGCCAUCCUCACCUCCCCUUUCCCGGCAUCGGGCAUGCCGGUCAAGUUUGACAGGACUUUGUAUAACGGGCACAAUGGCUACAACCCGGUCACCGGGAUAUUCACCUGCCCCGUAUCCGGCAUUUACUACUUUGCCUACCACGUGCAUGUCAAAGGGACUAACGUUUGGGUGGCACUUUAUAAGAACAACGUGCCCGCCACCUACACCUACGACGAGUACAAAAAGGGCUACCUGGACCAGGCCUCAGGCAGCGCCGUGCUUGAACUCAAGGAGAACGACCAAGUCUGGGUACAAAUGCCCUCGGACCAGGCCAACGGGUUGUACUCCACGGAAUACAUCCACUCCUCCUUCUCCGGGUUCUUGCUUUGCCCCACAUAACGGCUGUUGGGCACGUUUCCUUUUCACCCACUUUAGCCAUAAACUGUCUUUUUUUUUUGAUAAAAAAGUUUUUUAAAAUUAAUACAAAAAAGAAAAAUCACUGGGAAGAACGCGCAAGCCAUUGUCGCGGGACCUUGCUUCACGCUGUUUGAUCCAUGAGUCAAGAGGGUAAUCGGAAAGGAGACACCUAUCUUUCUUUCUUUCUUUUUUGGGGAGGGAGAAUGGAGGGAGGGGAGUGACUUCCUCAGCAAAGCAUAUUUGGAAUAAAUUUUACCCUAGUGACUGUACAUCAAACACAGGAACACGCUUGGGAUGGCAAGGAUCUGGCUCUGCAGUAAACUGCUCUGUGAUCCAGAGAGGGUCUUCUGGAAGACCAGACCCUUCUGGUCUGUAAUCAAGUGCCCUUGUUUCCCAUUUUGAGUACUAGUUAAAUAAAUACAGCUGUUGUAAUGGAUGGUGUAUUUGCUAACCAGCACAGGGGUCCUAGGCACUUAACGCAAACCCAUACAGCAGCAGAGAUCCAUGAUGGAUUGAGAAAUUUCCUUCCCAAACCAUCAGACGCCCAAGUUCCAGUCUCACUGAUGCCUAUUUUUUCAGGCUGUGCUUUGAGGCAGUCUCUCUGAUUCGCUCCGAAUUCAGUGUGGUUGGAUUUAUAAUCAUAAAAAGUGGAACACUUUGCAUAAGCACCUUCUUAUAUGAAGUAAAUAUUAUUUUUAACCCUCCUUGCCCAGCACCAUUAGGAAUAAAAACAUCCAAGCAUUGGUAUCUGGGAGGAUGACAGAUGACCUAUUCCAAAGCCGCUGAGGGAAGCUGGGACCCCUGUGAUGAACAACGAUCCUCUCUUGUGGGCUAAUUCAUCUACUGGCAAGUCCAAGGGCUAGUUCUGUCCUGUCUGUUUCUUUGCAGCCCAAAGACUUGCUUGGCCUCAUGAGCAUCUUGUUCCUUGACAACACAAGGAUGGCACUGCAAGCCCGGCUUACGGUGCUUCUAGCCUGGUUUGAUAGAAGGUUUAGUUAUGCUUUCUUGAAAGUGCCACUUAUGGACAACUUGCUUUUACUGCCUCACUAUUUUGGGAUGUGUAAACUUUUGCAUUGGUAUCCCCCCUUUCCCUGGGGACCUUUUAAUUAAGAAAAAAUAGUGUUCGUUCUAACCUUCCAUUCAGUCAUUUUACAACGGUGCUAUUAUCUACUUAACAAUGUUAUGACAAGUCUAGUGCAAUAUAUACCUGUAAAAGUGCACCAUUUCAGGUGCCAAUCUGUGACUUAGGUUUAAAAAAAAAAAAAAAAAAAAAAAAAAAUCACAUUUGUCUGUUGUUACCACUUUGUCUCACUAAUGCUUGAAAUGUUACCGACCUGAAUAUGAGCUACAAGGUUCUGGGAAAGGUAUGCGCGGAUACUGACCACUUGGCUGCUCUGUCCUUUGCUAAAGGGAGCGACUGAACCCUGUUGCUUUGCAGAUUUUCUCAUGGUAGAAUAGUCAUUGCCACUUGCACUUACAGUAAAGCGAUUCUUCUCAUCCCAGGCAAGUAGCACGCUGCUGAAGUUAAUCCAGAUGCGGUUACACUGCAUGUCCCUCCGCAAAGGCACAUCCCUGAGAAAACAGCAACAAUUUGGUUACCAGCUGAGCAACUAUUACCCUUAAAUUUUCCUAAAGCCUGUUCUGUGGCCAAAGAAAAGAAAUGUAGCAAGAAUGGGACUUGGGAUUGUUCUCCAGGUGGACUGUUCAAGAUAUUUAAACAAAUUUUCUGUUUUGUUUGUUUGUUUGUAUUUCUCCUUAAGCCUGUCCCAUGUUUCCGCCUCUUGCCAUCCAAGGGCUUCCUUUUAAGAGCACACCUAUCCCUGAAAUUAAGAAACACAAAAAGAAAACUUACAGUCAGAAGGCCAGUGCUUCAGCUACUGCCCUGCUGGGGCUGGCGCUGGCCUGUCGCCCUCCCCAGGAUUUUAUUCCACAUAAAGCUGCAAGUUUCAUGUAAAGAUGAAACCUUCUCAAGCUGAAAGGCUGUCCCAGCGUCCGAUCCCACUGGAGGUUUUUAACUCCUGAAGGCAGGGGGGUGCCCGGACCAUUCGGGUUUUGAUCGUAACAGGUUACUUCCCAGCAGGAACAGGAGCCAUACAAAAAAGAGUCCCUAAAAUUAAAAGUGGAAGCUCAGAUGCUUGCUUUAAGCCCAGGCCUGGUAGGGGAGGGUGCUAGGAUGGGGCCUGUGUCUCCUUUAUUGAAGCGUCUUUCCUGUGGAGAACAGCAAGGAACUCGAGCUGGUGCCAGCAGCGGGGUCUGGCUCCCACCGCGCGGCACUGCCGGCGGCGCGUGCACACUACCUGCAGCAGGGCCCGGAGCUUCUCGCGCCCCAGCCACGCGCUGGGUUGGAAGCUCCAUCCUGUUACUCAGCAAAGUGACUUAUUUAUACUGUGUCCUAACCUACAUUCCAUCUCUUUUUGUUCUGUUUUGUUUUAUUCAAAACUUCUUGUUCUAGCUGGCAAAAAGCAAUGACAAAAAUACUCACUAUAACCACACCGAGAUAGUAACUCGUUCAGUGCUGUAGAUAUUGUUUUGCAAUUUCACUUUCCCUUCAUGUGCAGAGCAUAAACCAUAAUCAACCUUCCGCAGCUAUAUAACCUGUUACACUUACACAGUAAUUGCAAGGCAAAGAUAUUACACGCACAUAGAGUUAGGCUAGAAAAAACGAUGCACAGGAUGAGGGAGGCUGUUCACUAAACCGGACACUGUCAGGAAGAAUUUUUUUUCUGGAGUACUGAGUACGUGAUAUUCGCCAGCAGAAAGGAUUAUUUUCUGUCGUGUGUGUGAGCGCAUGGGAUUUUGGUUUCAAUCACAAUAAUAAAAAAGGUUGGGUUGGAUGAAGUAUGUCUAUUUUUAAUUAUGAAAACUGCAUUACGAUGUGCAUUUUUAUAUACAAAUUCUUACUAUUUUUUUUAAAUUUGCCUCUAGUAUCUUCAUUUCUAACCUAGUAUAUAGAGGUUUUUAGUUUUGUAAAUACUUAUUACAUGCACUGUCUGUCAUAGUAAAAGUUGGUUUAAAAUGCACUCUUCUUGUGAUCAGAAACUGGCCUUCUCUUCAGAACUAAAACUACAGUACUUGAUUGUAUUGACAAAACAUCAAUAAAACUUAUUGUAUAAAA